UGGUCUAACAAAAGCAUGCCUAAAAGUUCCUGCUACACCUAGACAAUCAGUUGAUGAGUUAAUGGUGGGAUAUAAGGGAACAAGAGCAGGAAACCUCAGGCAAUAUAUCAGGACCAAGCCUGAUAAAUGGGGUUUCAAACUUUUUUGCCGUGCCAGUGAUGAUGGGUUUAUACAUGACAUAAUGAUGUAUCAAGGUAAAACAACCUUUCAUUAUCACAAUGUUAGCCUAACAGAGGAGGAGAAAGAAAUGCCUAUAAGUUCCAAGGUUGUUAUUUGCCUUGCAAAGACUAUGGACCAAACAAAGACUAAUGCAAUUUAUGCAGAUAACUUCUUUACCAGUUUGCCUCUAGUGAAAUAUCUGCAUACUACAUUCAAUUGCAGGUACACAGGUACUGCAAAGGAAAAUAGGAUUGGAAAUCCACCACUUAUGUCUGUCAAUGACAUGGAAAAAAAAAAGGUGAAAAGGGGUGUUAUGGAUUACUGUUCAUUGGAUGGUGUCCUUGCUGUGCGUUGGAAAGACAGUAAGGUUGUUACUUUAUUGACAAAUGACAUGGGCAUCAACCCUGUGACAAAGAUAAAGAGGUACAGCAAGGAGACCAAACAAAAGGUUGAUGUUGAUUGUCCUUCAGUCAUAAAGAAUUAUAAUGCCCAUAUGGGAGGUAUAGAUAAGAAUGAUAUGUUGGUUCAUCUCUACAAGUCUCCACUCAAAGCAAAACGCUGGUACAUGAGGCUCUUUGGAUAUAUCAUUGAUCUUUGUUGUGUCAACGGCUGGUUGUUGUACAGGCGUGACUGUGGUGCUUUGAAAGAGAAAUACAUGAACCUCAAGGAAUUCAGGUUUUCCAUCUCCCAUUCUGCAAGAAGACCAACCAAGGAAAUCCCAAGGAGCCUGAGACUGUCUCCAAAGUGUUCAACUUCACGGUCUUCUAAACGAUCUUCUUCACUUGAAGAGUUUUUCAGUCGGCAUGGAAAAAGGGCUCAUGAUGAUACAAAAUAUGAUGAAACACUCUCUCAUUGGCCAGUUUAUACAAAGAGGCUUUCAUGUAAACAUUGCAACACCAAGAACAAGAGGACCUACUCUUCCGUUUCUUGUUCCUACUGCAAGGUUAAUCUAUGUCUAAACUCAAUGAGGAAUUGUUUUCUGGAAUUCCAUAAGGAACAAGAUGCUUAAAUUUUUCUGAUAAACAUGUUUAAUGUCAUAAUAAAUACAGAAAGGAUACUCAUUUUGUGACAUAUCCAUAUUUUUGUAAUAUUUUUUCAAUUUUUGUAUAAUGUCAAUUACUACAAAUGUGUUAAAAUUAUUGAAAUCAAGUUACUGUGCCUUUUAUUUAACCCAGCUGUAUAGUCCUUGUGGCUAGUUAGUUAGUUUAAUAUGUUUAUUAUGCACCCCAUACCCAUCCUGUGGGCGGUAGUCAAAAGAUUACAGAGGUACAUAAUUGGUCCAGGGACUGGACUCCAAAGUUUUGAUAGCUGAGCAAGUU